AUGGUCAAGGAAAUGGGAUUUUAUGACACUUUGGGCGUUCAGGCUAACGCAACACUUGACGAGCUGAAAAAGGCCUAUCGCAAGCUCGCCCUGAAAUAUCACCCUGACAAAAAUCCUACAGAAGGAGAGAAGUUCAAGCAGAUCUCACAGGCGUAUGAAGUGCUGUCAGACCCCCAGAAGAGAGAAAUCUAUGACAGGGGAGGCGAAAAGGCAUUAAAGGAAGGGGGAACUGGUGGCGGCGGCGGUGGCGGUGGCUUUGCAUCACCCAUGGACAUCUUUGACUUUUUCUUUGGUGGAGGUAGUCGGAUGCAAAGAGAGCGAAAAGGAAAGAAUAUGGUGCACCAGAUCACUGUAUCUUUAGAGGAACUUUAUAACGGAGCAACGAGAAAACUAGCCGUGCAGAAGAACUGUAUAUGUGAGAGGUGUGAGGGUCGUGGAAGUCGUAAAGGAGCGGCACAGGUGUGCAUGUCUUGCCAUGGAACGGGAAUGCAGGUCCGGGUUCACCAGCUGCUCCCAGGUAUGGUUCAGCAAGUGUCCACUGUGUGCUCCAGCUGCCAGGGACAAGGACAGAGAAUCAGCCACAAGGACCGCUGCAAAGCAUGUGGAGGCCGGAAGAUUCUGCGGCAAAAGAAGAUCUUGGAGGUCCACAUCGACAAAGGAAUGAAAGAUGGUCAGAAGAUAGUUUUCCACGGGGAGGGAGACCAAGAGCCCGGUCUAGAACCAGGUGAUAUUAUCAUUGUUCUGGACCUGCGUGAACAUUCGCUUUUCACAAGGAGAGGAAGUGACCUGGUGAUGUCCAUGGAGUUGCAGCUGGUUGAGGCUUUAUGUGGUUUCAAGAGGCCCGUCCAGACGCUGGACAACAGAACUCUGUUCGUCACAUCACAUCCAGGAGAAUUAAUAAAGCCUGAAGACACCAAAUGUAUCCUCAAUGAAGGGAUGCCCAUUUACCGCCGACCCUUUGAGAAGGGACUUCUGGUCAUUCACUUCUCAGUGGUGUUCCCGCCCGCCAAUUUCCUUCCUAAGAACAGACUGAAGGACUUGAAGCGCUACCUCCCAGAAAAAACUGCAGCGGAGGAGCCGGAGAGCAUGGACGAAGACCUCUACAUCUACGCCGAGCUGGAGGACUGCGACUUGGAGAGCCGGAGGCGGCACCGACGUCAGUAUUACUACAUGGAGGAGGAGGACUACGCCAGCACAGGCGGCGUGCAAUGCCAGACAUCCUAAUGAACUGUUUCCCAGAAUCCUCCUUUCUCAUGACUUGACCUUUUUUUUUUUAGGUUUCUUUGCCUAAAAACAUUUCACAGUAAGUUUCUAAUUUAUUUCACAGAUUUAGAUCGAUGAGCAGCGUUUGUCACACGUUUAGGACUUGCAGGACUUAAUGUAACCACUGGGACCAACUUUGAUGGUUUUCUUUUUGUUGUUGUUUUUUUUAGCGAUCACACUGUGAUUACACAGAUUAGCAUCAAUCACUAGAGUCUCAGAGAAAAGAACUCUUCCUCUAUUUUUAGUGCAAUGACUUGGAUUCAAAUUUACCUGAAAACAAAUGUCUUUGGUGUUUUCCUAAUGCAAUUUCUAAAGGCUUCCAUGUGAAUCGUGAACGUUCUUAAAGUUUAGACGUGAGCAUGAAGAAAUGCACAUAAAAACGUAUGUAUGAUAUCAAAACAUCUAGGCAGGGUUUCCCUUUUAAGGGCUAUUUUCUAAACAUCGCCAGAUCCUUUUGAACAGAGUGACCCGACCCAGGAAGCAUUUAGGCUCAGGCCGCCAAACUACACAUUCAGAAAGGUCAUUUUUGACUUUAGCUUGAAAUUUUACUGCUUUGUACUCGUCAAAUGUAAAGAAAGUGUGUUCCACGUUUGAGAAAUAUGGAUUUCCCUUUUUUUUUGUAAGUGUAAUAAACUCCAAAGCACCUGGAUGAUACUUGGCUUCUGUACACCUUAAAAGAUUUAAGAAGUGCUGUUAUCUAACCCAUCUUAUACUGUGCCAAACUGUAUUUAAAUUCUAUCAAGAGGAAAAGCAGAAAAAAAGGUAUUUGUAUAAUAUUUAAAUUGAUUAAGAAAGGUUAAAGAUGGACAGUUUUAAUACCCUGUUGAAGUGUUUACCUUUUUUCAAAGCUUGAUCAUGACUUAAAUAUUCCUUUCUGUUGCCUUGGACUUUCUUUGGAUGUUGCAACACAUGGAAUCACAGAAGAAAGUGCUGAUUUUAUUUUAAACAAUGUGCAUUUCUUAGUCUUCAGACUGUCAGAGGACUGAGCUACAAACGAAAGGAUCUCAAGGUCUAAACUGAACUUUUGUUUUUUGGUUUGUUUUUUGACCAAGAUUGUCUGUGCUCAUGUUUUUCUUAAUAAAUAAAAAUGUCCUAAUUUA